AUGGCGUCACACCUCAGGGCGUUCAAGAAUGCCCUGAGACGACGCUCACUGUCUUCAAGGCCUUUUUCGAAAAUUCCUAAUGGCGAGUUGCCUCUAGGAACCCCCAUUGAAGAGGAAACUUUACUCCACUACGAGCCCGGGCAAUAUUACCCUGUCCACAUUGGAGACGUCUUCAUAGCCCGGUAUCGCGUCGCAGGCAAGCUCGGCUAUGGCGCGUAUUCAACAAGUUGGCUGUGCCAUGACAUCUUCGCUAGCAAGUACGUGGCUAUCAAGGUGUCAACCUCGUUGCGCAAGUUUCCUACAGCCACCCAUCGCAAGCUCAGGGUGUACGAACAUCUCGCCAAGGUCAACUCGCCGCACCCAGGGCAAUCUCUGCUCCGCGAGCUUCAUGAUGCAUUCGAAUUAGACGGACCAGCAGGCAGACACCAAUGUCUAGUGCAGCAGCCAAUGCACAUGACGGUGCUGGAGAUGAUGCGACUGAAUUCCGAACCGUUUAAUCUACCUCUCCUCAAGAUGACCCUGAGGCGGAUUCUGUCCGCUUUAGACUUCCUGCAUACCGAGGCACAAGUUAUCCACACCGUAGACCUCAAAACCGACAAUCUAAUGCUUAGUCUUGAUGACGACACCAUGUUGGCAAACUUUGCGAAAGCGGAGGAGGAGGAAACUAGUCUCUGUAAGAAGAUCGACGAGUCGAGAACCAUCUACAAAAGCCGUCGCUUUCGGCCACCUGUAGGCGGAAAGGGCUAUGGCCUGCCAGUCUUGUGCGACUUUGGAGAAGCAAGAAUCGGGUUGAAACAUGAGACCGGCCCGUUUGUUCAACCGCAUAUCUACAGGGCGCCGGAAGUGAUCUUUGAGAUGCCAUGGGGAAGUGCCGUCGACAUCUGGAACUUGGCAGGUCUGAUAUGGGACCUCUUUGAGGGACAGCAUCUAUUCAGAGACAUUUUUGACGCCAAGGGUGGCCACGACCCAUUCAAGCACCUGGCGCUCAUAGUCGCCCUGGCCGGGCCACCCCCGAGCGAAUUUGUCAAGCGCAGUGAGACGACGGAGCAAUGUUUCGACCCUAAUGGAAAUUGGAUUGCCAAUGAGGACGCCACGGUCCCUUGCGUGUCCCUAGAGAGCCUCGAGAAGCGACUCGUGGGGCAGGAGAAGGGCCUUUUCAUUCAGUUCAUAAGGUCUAUGCUCAAGUGGCUACCGGAAGAGCGCAGAACUGCAAAGCAGCUUCUCGAGGAUCCAUGGCUGCUAUAACCUUCUGCCGCGGUGAUCUCAUCCGGUCCCCUCAUAUACGGCAGUGGCAUCCCCCAAGAAACUCUCAAAGACACCAUCCCCCACGUUCGGUGCAUACGAGUCAGGAUUGCCCUCUCGAUCCAGCGUCUCCACCGUCUUCUCCUCCGUCUUCUUCACCCACGCCUUGGCCUCGCCAUACUCCUCGUCAGCUUUCGUCUUGUCACCCUCAUCCAGGGCCUCCAACAUGGCGACCAGAUGCUGACAGGCUUUGGCCCACUGCAUGGCGGCCGUAGACCAUGGCUCAACAUCUGUAGCGAACCCCUUCAUGUCCAUGCGUGACAAAAGCUCAGGCAGUUUCAUGAGCAGCUGCAGACGCUCCCGCAGCGGACCACCACCACCCUUCUCCCUAGCCGCCCAGAACUCCUGAAUAUCCUUGCUGAGC